CAUACAAAGAGGGCGGGAUUUAAAUCGGUGUCGGCAUGCUGCUGACUACUCAAAUAUGUCCAUGCUGCCGGUGCUGCGGUUGUGAUGAUUUGACACGUUUCCAAACAGGUGGAAUAACUGGUAAUAGUAGGUAACGCUCCCAUUAGUGCAGAGGGGGUUUGCAGCAACCAUGGCCGGUAAAGGACGUGGGGUGGCAGCUUUCACCUUUAACAUUGACGCCCUGGGCAUCGGCAGGGGCAACAUGCCAGAAGCCAGGGUGGGGCCCAGUCUACUCUUUCCAGUGCCGGACUUCAAGCCUGUGCCACUGAAGGCGGGGGAGGUGGAGAACUACAUGCUGGCUCUCAAACAGGAGAUGAGAGGAGCCAUGGGGCGGAUGCCACACAACAUCAAGUUCCACGCCAAAAAGGCAGAUGUGCAGAAGUACACAGAGAGGUACUUGAAGCAGAAGCAUGAGGACCAUGAGGACUGGACACCAGAUUGGAAUCUCUUCCCCAAAGAAUUGAUGCCACAAAAGAAAAAGGCCAAAGUGAAAACAGGCCAGAAAAAGAAGAAAGCAGUGAAGAUAUCCAGCAAAGAUGCAGAAGCUGUGUUGACCAAAUUAAAUGAGCUGGAGAAGAAAGACGACGGAGAAAAGUCUGAUGAAGAGAAACCAAAGAAGACAGGAAACGAAGAGGAGGAGGAGGAAGAUAUUGAAGGCGAGGAGUACGAGGAAGAGGACAUUGAAGAGGACAAUGACUACAUCGAAAGCUACUUUGACAACGGAGAAGACUUUGCAGCGGCCAGUGACGACAACAUGGAUGGAGAGGCAACAUACUGACAAGUCAGUAGACAUUGUUAGACUGCUUUAAGGAGGACUAUUUCUACCUGAAGAGAUCUUGGUUUAAAGCAGUGCUUCUUAGCCAUAGGGCCAGGGCCUCCACAAAAUGUUUCUUGCAGCUGUAAUACACUUUUCCACCACUUGUGGCAGUAAUGACAAACUCGCUGAAGUCAGAAGCACAAAAAUUAUGACUAAAGUAGUGAAGUUGUAUUUUCAAAAGAGUUAUUUCCAGAAACAUAUAUUGUUAAAUUGGUUUAAAUUAGCAGUGUUAAUUGUAAGUGUAUUUUUCAUCACUUUUUAUUCUUUCGCAGUAUAUUUGACUAGUAAUUAUUUUUGUAAUCAGUCUGACCUAAGAUAAUCUUCCUGAUCAACACAUGCUUUUAUAUCGUCGGACGAGGUUGCACGCUGUAAAAGGUUGGACAUAAUUAGUGAGCCCCAAGGUCCAAAAGGUUAAGAAGCCCUGCUUUAAAAGAGUUGUGUAAAUAAGAAAUGCCAAACUGUACACACACGGGCAAUAUUUGAAAAUAGACUUAUUUAUUGUCCAGCCUGUGAGAAUAUUUCCACAGGUUGAAAGGCACAUAAUGUCAACAUUUGAAGUACAAGGGCUUACACACACACACACACACACACACACACACACGUCUGAGGAAUGCUGUGCAAUUCUUCACCGAGCUUUAUCGCUUUAUUUCAAAUGUCACUAAUGUCUAACUUCAAUACUAACAAGUGUACGAUGGCACAAUGGUCCUGAAAUAUAUUAUUUCUCAACGA